UGUGUAGCUGGAACACAGACAGCAAUAUUAUUGUGGGAUACAGUCUUCACUGCAGUCCCUCGAAACGGCUCUCCGUACGCGUAACAAUAUUCUGGAUGCAUGCGACGUUGAUCUUCUUAUGUGGUUUUUCGGUCAUGUAUUUUUUUUUUUUUGUAGUGGACAUUAUGUGCACAUCGAGAAUAUUUUAAUCUCUUCCGUAUUUCUGGCUGUCUGGAUUUGGGAGUCUACAGAUAACUGUAGCCACUUUUUGAUCAAGGCUUCGAAUAUUUCAUUUUGAUAGCACAAUUGGGGAAACAUUUUGAUAUUCUUACGUGGGUAUACUUGGACUUUUUCAGGGUUUCAGCCUAGUUGGGUGAAGGGACCGUUUUUCAAUCCACGCACAUCGCUCCCGUUGCAGUGUUUCGUUCUGCACGGUUCGAUAGUAUCCUAUAAACUUGACCAGAGCAUUUUCUCAGAAAUACACUUUUCGUCUGAUCUGAUGUAUUGCGCGGCGCAGUGCAUGUUGAUAAGUACGAUGUAUUAUUCUUAAAAACUAGGAUUGUGGAGGUCAUUAUCAGUGCCAAUCAUAAUGGCAAACGACGACAACCGCUGUAUAGUGGAAAAGUACAUUUGUCACAAACUCUUGAAAAGGGGAUAUGCGUGGGAUUUCGAGAAUGCCGAGGAAGAUGCUGAUAAUAAUGGGUCGAUGAUUUCUCCUCCGCCUGGUUUGGCACGGCGGUGCCACGGAGCCAAUAACGCCAGACCGGGCAGCGUCCCCCAUCUUUCCAAACGGCUCUCCCAAACGGACCCGCAUGCAGCUAUUCACAGAGUUUUGCGUGAGGCCGGGGACGAACUCGAACGACUGUACCAGCCCGACUUUGCGGAGAUGUCACACCAAUUGUAUCUCACGUCUUCUAUGGCAGAAAGGAGAUUCAGAGAGGUGAUAGACGAGCUGUUCAGGGACGGGGUUAACUGGGGACGAAUUGUCGCCUUCUUCGAGUUCGGUGGCACAAUAUGUGUGGAAUGCGUGAACAAGGAAAUGACGUCGCAGGUUGACCACAUCGCCGGGUGGAUGACGGAGUAUCUAAAUGGACCGCUGCACAACUGGAUUCAAGAGAACGGGGGAUGGGAGGCCUUUGUUGAGCUCUAUGACAGACAGAGGGACUCCGUGUUCGGUUCAUGGCCGUCCAUCAAGACUGUCUUUGGCCUGGCUGCACUGGGGGCCGCAAGCCUUACCAUCGGAGCUUACCUUACACAGAAGUGAAGAAGUCCCCCCCUCCCCCUCUCUUUCUUUUUGUCCUCCCUCCCUCCUGCUCUCACUCCUUUCUCUUUUCAAAGGCCCCCUCCAAGAUCCCCAACCUGCCUGUCUUCAAAGCUUCUCUCCCCGUUCUCGGAAAAAACUCCCUAUUCCUCACCCCUCACUUAAAAAAACAGACACAAAUCAAACAACAGCAGGAAACGGAGUCACUGCCCACACAGAAGAAAAUAUGUCAUGAAAGUCGUGCCAUUUAACUGUAAUCACAAAAAGUUUGGCUUGAAAAGAGAUGAGAGGAAGGGAGGGUUGGUGUCGUUUUUGUUCUGCCUGCUUGAGUACUAGUUGUAGCAUGAAACCUUUGUGUGCUCGUGUAGACUUGUGUAGCAUGUGUCGGUGAGGCAAAAGAAAGCAUAGACACCCUUAGAAGAAGGGUUCCAAAAUGGUUCCUCGGCUGUCCCCAUAGGAGAACCCUUUUUGGUUUCAGGUAGAACUGUUUGGUGUUCCAUGUAGAACCCUCAGUGGAAAGGAUUCUACAUGGAACCCAAAAGGGUUCUACCUGGAACCCAAAAUGUUUUUUCAAAAGGUUCCGCUAUGGGGACUCCUUUCAACCCGCCUUCAAAGGACUUCCUCCACACAACAGCUGCUCUGAAUGUAUAAUGGAAGGAGCUCGCUACUAACCAGCACGGUGUGUCUGUCCACCCACCGCUUCUAUACUGCAAUAUACCAGGAUACCAGGAGCAUCACUGAACUCUGAACACAGAACAGUUAGUUACACACACCAGCUCUGACAACACGUCUUCUAGGCGCCACAGACGCAACUUGCUCUGCCUCUCUUAGAGAGAUCUGUUGGACAAUGCAGUAGAGUCACUUUUUUUGCAUUUGACCCAUAUGAAAUGUAAUAAGAGAAAGAUCGAGGGAGGUAUUAAAGAGAAAGAUAGAGGGAGGUAUUAAACAGAGGAUAGAGGGAGGUAUUGAAGAGAGGAUAGAGGGAGGUAUUGAAAAGAGGAGAGAGGGAGGUAUUGAAAAGAGGAGAGAGGGAGGUAUUGAAUAGAGGAGAGAGGGAGGUAUUAAAGGCGUGAACAGCAGGUUGGUUAGAGCUUUUGGCAGCCCAAACCCCUGUUUGAUCAGAUGUUUCUGACAGAAAGUGAAAAAUAUUAUUCCACCUAGCUGGAUUUCUGGCUUAGUCGAGAUCAGAGCGGGAUCGAGGGAUAGAGGUAGAUACAGAGAAAGAGAAUGUGUGAGAGACAAAAAGAGGGAGAGAAAGUCAUAGAAUGAGCAGAAAUGUGGAUACAGACAAAAAGAGAUAAAGGUCAAACAUAAGAUGUGGAUUCAUUCCAAAGGUUCAGUGACAGUGGGCCUCCCUCUCCAGUUGCUAGAGGCGCCUCUACAGCCUGUUCUAAGAUGUCUCACUUGAAGGAAGAACUGUGUCCCUGAAUGGCCUGGCGUGGUUCUGUUUGGCCUCACAUCACUCCCUCCCCGUCAGAUGUCUCUGAAAUGCAUUUCUUGUACUCUCACUGCCUCUUGUUAUUACUCUCUCUCUCUCUCUCUCUCUCCCUCUCCCUCUCUCUCUCUCCUCCCCCCCUCCCCUCUGCCCAUAUGUAUGACCAGAACUCAAGGUCUCACCCACCCAGACCAAGCCACCGCUGAAAGGGGACUGAACCAAACUGCCAAAUCUCCCAGAACAUGUCCUCCAGCUGCCGCUGGGCUCUGAUCUAGUGGACAAAGAGGCCCCACAUACCCCCCAACGGCCUACGCUAAUGGUUGAUUCCACAUCUAGGAGGACGUCCGAAUGUGCACCUCUCUCAGUUUCUCAAACCGUAGCAGACUCCAACAUGGGAUACCCAACAAGAAAAAUCCCUAUUGGACACAAAGACUCUCUAUUGUUUUGAAGUGACGUCCAUUGUAUUCCCAGUAACUGAUAUAUUUGAGCCCCCUUGCUCCGAGUCUGUCGCUGCAAUGGCACAGAUCACAACAUCUCUUUAGAGUAAACAAUCAUUUCCCAGAAUACUUUAGGUGUUUGUCUAGUGUUGGAGAUGACAUAACCUUCUUGGAAAGGCUUACUAUCCAUAAUAUUUACUAUUUUGCUCUCUCUUUCACACACACACACACGUUUAUGUAGAUAAGUAUGUGUCGAGAAAAUGUUGUUAACUCAUCGCAAUGAUUUCUCUCACCAAAAAUCUCUCUCUUUGUUUCGGUCUUCUUUUAUCAACGCAAAACACAUGUCGUCUGAAGUUUUCAUAGAAUGAGUAUUCACUAUGUAUACCCAUAUUUAUGUUAGAUGUUACACAUACCAACUUAUGGUUUUUAUUUAUUGAGAGGUACCAGAACACAGAUAUUUAAAUCAUAGAUGAGAUGAAAAGUUAAGAUCAUGGAGACACUCAAAUGCCUUGAGAAAUUGUAUCUUUCGUUUUAUUCAAGGAACCACAUUGUAACAAUACACAAUUUGGGGCUGCUAUUGUAUCAACAGUAGAGUAACAUUUCUGUGUAAGACAUGUUAAUGUGUUAAUAUUGGUUUAACACUGCUGUACUGUAUUAGUCCUGAUUUAACUUAACUCACAGCUUCAAACUGCCACACAGAUACAGUAUUGUUAUAGAAAGCUGUAAACCAAAGUGAACCUGUAAGUAACAUUGUGUAGCAUGAAGAGAUAAACACAUGCCAAUUCACUUUCACUUCUUUUAAAUAUUGUCGGAGUGAGAUUUUGCAGGAAAGGUUGUUGUAAAGACAAUGUCUGGCAACCUAUUCCCUUUAUAGUGCACUACUUUUGACCAGGGACCAAAGGAUUCUAUAGUAAAGUAGUGCACUAUGUCAGGAAUAGGAUGCUAUUUGGGAGACAGUAAAUAUUAGCCUGCUUGGUGUUGUUCAUAACAUUUCAGUAGAUACCGUAGCACCUGAAUGCAUCCAUCUGGACAUGUGUUAACUGGUGCUUGAUUGAUAUACAUGUAUGUGUGGUAAUUGUUAACAUACCGUAGUAAUGAAUUCCUUCUCAAGCUUAUGUAGUGACAGAAAAGUCUCCACGUCUUGUGCUUUGACCUGCUAGAUUCUAUCAUCAUAACCAAGGGCACCAUUCUUUUUCUAUUAUAACAGAGGUCAAUCCCCCUACUCAUGAUAAACCCUCCAGUGAUAUGUUCAUAUGAAAACAGAAAUUAGUAUGACAUUUUUUUCAGGAGUUUAAACAUAAGAUAAAAAAGUCACUAACUGACUUGUUGAUAAAUACAAUGUGUAAUGGUUUUUAUGUGAGGAGGAGUCAUUCUCAUAUUCCCUUCUGUGAUUCUGUUUAAAUGGGUGGAGCCUACAUCACACCAUGGUUAUAGUGUUGUAAAUAUAAUCCUCAACCUGUGGCACUUAAGAGGUCAAAUCAAAUGUGUCGCCAUUGUUUAUGCUAUGUAUGUAUCACAAUAAGCUAGAUGGGAUCAUGCUGUUCCCAAUAAACCACAUCUUUCCUGCAGUAUGA